UCUCUCUUCCCUCAAUCACAACCACCACAGCAAUCACAGCUUCAUCUCCCUCACAAUCUCACUCCAUUUCUCAAACCCAAACGAUUCACUCCCCAAUUUCACUGCGCCAAAGCCACUCGACGAAACCCUAAUUACCCUCCGGGCGGCGCCGAUAGCUUCGUCGACAAUCCUCGCAACUGGAGCCGCUCCAUAAACUCCGAGAUUGACCGGCCCUAUGGUUUCGAGGACGACGAUGAAGACGAUGAAGACGGAGACGGCGAUGAUGAGGAAGAUAGGAGCUUGGAUCUGUUAGUGAGGUUUGUUCAGAAUGUAUUUAAGAAGGUGUCGAAGUGAGCCAGGAGGGCCGUCCGAUCGGUUCUUCCCGUUGCAAUCCCCACCAAGUUGGUGGGGUUUUCUGUUAAUGGGGUGCUAAUGCUGGCGUUUUUGUGGGUGUUGAAGGCAUUUCUUGAGUUAUGGGUCAGAUUGUGGGGAUGUUUAGGCUCUCAGGUCAUCGGUAUGAAGUGAGGAGAGGUGCUAGUUUUAGUGCUCAAUUUGCAUAGACAGUUAGUAACUCAAAAUGGGUGCUCAAUUUGCACCACACUAUUCAAUCCACGGUCUAGAUGUGUUGACCGUUGGGUUCGAUCAAAUUCCCAAACAAGCCAACAGUUGUGAGCCACGUGCGCCCACAAUGCAACGUUAAUUGUCGCUACGCGACAAAAUGGCGCUUCAACACGCGCCAGCCACUUUUCGGCGCUAGAAGACGAGAAUCUCGCCAGCACGCGCGCCUGCAGAGCGUCCAUGAUCCCACCGAAGCCUGAUGACGUCAGCCACGAUAGGUUUGGGCCAAGCUGGCAGCCGGCCAUGCUUGGGCAAGAAAAAUGGCAUUGACUUGCCCAUUUUUUUGUCCUUGGGCAGGGAAAGCCAAACCUUACCUAGGUAUAUUUGGGCGGGUGGAUGCUCCUUUUUCUCCUUGCCCAGUCAACACGUGGAAUUGCUUAUCUGGCAGCCGGUCAAGAGAGCACCGGUGGAAAUGCUCUUAGAACCUAACACAUCAAAGACCAGACACAAUGGGUGAUAAGUUUACCAACCAAUGACGCCACUCACUCACUCGCAAGAAACAAAAAGCAAGAAUAUUAUAUAGUGAAAGCAAAUAAAUUUUCUUCUUUUCGGUCAGUAAAAAGCCGCAAAGAAAAAUUAAUUAUUAGAGAACAAAGAACUCAUCUGCUAUGGCUUAAUUGGGAUGGAACUACAACUUUACAGCUUAUGACUUAUCAAUGGCAACUAAGAGAAACAAAGUCAUCGACGUUAAUUAUCUUUCUCUGUGGAUGCAUGUAAUUAUUUACUUAUUCCUUGGAAGGAUCUACUAUAGUCAAUUGCUUAAUUGAACUUUCCUUCUAGUUCUCUAGUCAAUUACAUGAGUUUGGGAAAAUGUUGGGGGGUUUCUAGAUGCAUGCAGUACGUACUUCAGUGCUAUAAAUAAGAGCUUCUGCAUAUUGAGGUAAUCAGAUUUCUUACGUACAACAAAAUGGCCAAUACUGAGGAGCGUCUGCGACAGCUAAAGGCCUUUGACGAAUCCAAAGCUGGGGUCAAAGGUCUUGUCGAUGAUGGAAUCACCAAAGUCCCGUCCAUUUUCAUUUGCAAGCCAGAAGAUCCCUCAGCCGAGGACAUCCCAAGUUUCUGUACUCCAACUGGCCAACACCAAUUCAGUAUUCCAGUUGUGGACCUUGGUGAUGUUGUCGCUGCAGGAAGGCCUGCUAAGGUGAUCCAAGAUAUCCGGCGGGCUGCAGAGAGUGUGGGAUUCUUUUAUGUGGUUAACCAUGGGAUACCCAAGACAGUGUUGGAGGAGAUGCUCGAGGCGACGCGUAGGUUUCAUGAGCUGCCAAGGGAGGUGAAGGCUGAGUACUAUACUAGGGAUCCCAAGAGGAAGGUCAAAUACUUUAGUAGCUAUAAUUUGUACGAGUCAAAGUUUGCUGCUUGGAGGGACAGCAUGUUUUGUGACAUGGCUCCCGAGCCUCUUGAUCCCCAAGAAUUGCCUCUGGUUUGCAGGGAUAUAACUAUGGAGUAUAAUAGUCAAGUACACAAAUUAGGUGUCACUUUGUUUGAAUUGCUAUCUCAAGCACUUGGACUCAAACCUGACCAUCUUAUCAGUUUGGAUUGCGAAAAAGAGCAUCUUAUUGCUAGUCACUACUAUCCUCCAUGUCCUGAGCCUGAGCUCACAAUUGGCACAGCCAACCACUCAGAUGGCACUUUCAUAACAAUUCUACUUCAAGAUCAUAUUGGUGGACUUCAGGUUUUGCAUGAAAACCAGUGGAAUGAUGUUCUUCCUCUGCCUGGAGCUCUAAUAGUCAACAUUGGAAAUUUUAUGCAGAUAAUCUCAAAUGAUAAGUUCGUAAGCGUUGAUCAUAGAGUGUUGGCAAAGAAAGAAGGUCCAAGAGUAUCUGUGGGAUGUUUUUUCCGACCUGCGACGUCGCAUAAUUCGUCGAGGCUGUACGAGCCAAUUAAAGAGUUGACAUGCAAAGAAAAUCCACCCAUUUAUCGAACAAUUACCACGAAAGAAUAUUAUACAGAGUAUUACAAAAACUCUAUAAAUGAGGUCCCUGUUCUAAAAUCUUUGAAGUUGUGAAGUUUGUCCGUGGAAUAUGUAUGU